UGAAGGAACCAGGGCAGUAUUCGCGAAAGCGGCGCAGCUGGUGAAGUGUGUCAAAGUGAUUCCGUGACUGGGAACCGAGACUGGGAUUUUUUGGGGAAUAUUUUCAUUUAAGCCGGACAGGACAGACAUUCUCGCUCUAUAACAGAAAAGUAUUUUUGAGUUGCCAGGAACCCUAUCAUUCCUCUAAAUUCCCUGCACUAUGAACAUGAGAUGAGCUUCUUUUCUUCAAACCCUGUCUGAUGUCUGAGGACUUGGAUUCCAAAACGUACCGGUUCUCCUCCCUGGCUGGUGGACAGGAAGAGGCAGCCGGCUGCAGUUCCAUGGCGACGCUGCAUGGCAUGGCCAGCUUCGCAGAGUGUGCUGAGCUCGGCCUGGCAUCGGAAGGCAGCGACAGCAGCCAGGACCCGCCCACCUCACCUCACGGUAGCCGGAAGAUGAUGCAUUCCAUGCACGAGGACGUGGAGAUGAAGAGCAGCGGGUCCUGUGGGAGUGGAACGGAAUCCCACGGCAAUGAUUCCCAUGGAAACGAAUCCCACGGCCAUGAGUCCACCGGGAGUUCCAAUGGCCGAAGCAAAGAUUCGGCACUUACUGAAUCGUCGGGGAGUAAUAAAAGCUCCAACUCUCACAGUCCUUCGCCCCCCAGCAGCAGCAACGCUUUCAGUUUGCUGAGUGCAAGUUCAGAGCAAGAUAACCCAUCUACCAGCGGCUGCAGUAGUGAAGAGUCUGCCAAGGCGAAGACACAGAAAGAGUUGAUCAAAACUCUGAAGGAACUGAAGCUUCAUUUGCCUCAAGAUAAGCGGAAUAAGGGCAGCAAGUCGACCACGCUGAACACGCUAAAAUACGCCCUACGCUGCGUCAGACAGGUGGAUGCAAAUGAAGAAUCCUACCAGUUGCUUAUGAUAAAUGACAGUCAGCCAUCCGGGCUUGAUGUUUCAUCUUAUACCAUAGAGGAGAUUGACAGCAUCACAUCUGAAUACACCCUCAAAAACACAGAUAUCUUUGCAGUCGCUGUGUCACUUAUCACUGGAAAGAUCGUCUACAUUUCAGACCAGGCGGCUUCCAUCUUGAAUUGCAAUCGGGAGGUGUUCAAGAAUGCUAAAUUCGUGGAGUUUCUUACGCCACAGGAUGUUAGCAUGUUUUAUAGCUUCACCACACCGUACAGACUGCCGUCUUGGAGCAUGUGCACUGGCGCAGAAUCAUCACCAGCAGAUUGCAUGCAGGAGAAAUCCUUCUUCUGCCGCAUCAGCGGAGGGAAAGAGUGUGAGGGAGAUCUUCAGUACUACCCCUUCAGAAUGACACCGUAUCUGAUGAAAGUGCAGGACACUGAACAUUAUGAAGAUCAGUUCUGCUGCCUCCUGCUGGCCAAGAGGGUGCACUCCGGCUAUGAAGCUCCCCGAAUCCCCAUGGACAAACGGAUUUUCACCACAACACACACUCCCAGCUGUGUGUUUCAGGAUGUGGACGAGAGGGCUGUUCCGUUGCUAGGAUACUUACCGCAGGAUUUGAUUGGCACACCUGUCCUACUGCACCUGCACCCCAGUGAUCGACAAGUCAUGCUCGGCAUCCACAGGAAGAUUCUGCAGAAUGCCGGCCAACCGUUUGACCACUCCAUCCGCUUCUGCGCUCGAAAUGGAGAGUACAUCACCAUAGAUACCAGCUGGUCCAGCUUUGUCAAUCCCUGGAGCCGCAAAGUUUCCUUUGUCAUCGGCAGGCACAAAGUUCGCAUGGGUCCAGUGAAUGAAGAUGUGUUUGCAGCUCCGACUGUGGCUGAGGGGAAACCUGUGGACUCGGACAUCCAGGAAAUCACUGAACAAAUUCACAGACUCCUCCUGCAGCCGGUGCACAACAACGGCUCAAGCGGUUAUGGCAGUCUGAGCAGUAAUGAUCACCUGCUGAGCGUGGCAUCUUCAAGUGAGAGUAAUGGCAAUGGAACACGCCAGCGUCAGGAGGACGAGAAUGAGAGACGGGCCAAACCGAGGAGCUUUCAGGAGAUAUGCAAAGGAAUACACAUGCAAAAAAGCCAAGAGCAGCAGUCGAAGAAAAGCCCUAUGAAGGUUCUUCAGAAAAGUCCAGCGGUACGACCCAAAGACUCGGCACACCCCGUCAACUGGAGAGAGUCCACCAAGGAGCAACAGGCGGCUGUGCAAGAGGAGUUGGCCUUCAAAGACCAGACCGUCUACUCUUAUCAGCAGAUUAGCUGCCUGGACAGUGUUAUAAGGUAUUUGGAGAGCUGUAACAUGCCCAUCACGGUGAAGAGAAAGUGCCAAUCCUCCUCAAACAUGACAUCCUCAGAUGAGGAUAAGCACAGAGCGACUGAGAACACCAUUCAAAUGUCUAAUGAAUCUGGCCAUUUGAAGGACCGGCCGGGUCUCUCAUCAUUAGACGUGUCUAAGAAGGCCCCAGGCUCUGGCGUCGUGAGUCCGUCUCUCGCACCGCUUCCACUGCUCAGUAAACCUGAAAGUGUGAUGUCCAUCACCAGCCAAUGCAGCUUCCGCAGCACUAUUGUACAUGUGGGAGAUAAAAAAGUUGUGUCAUCAACAAGACACAUCUCUUCAAACCAAGAAUUCUCUUCCAAACUUCAAAAGAUCAUCGAGGAUGUCCCUAGCGCUGAAGGCAUUGAAGUUCAGAGUCUUUCCGUCCCAUCGGCCGCAGUCUCGCCGCACAGUCAAGAGAGGGAGGCUUACAAGAAACUAGGCCUAACCAAGCAGGUUCUGGCGGCACACACCCAGAAGGAAGAACAGGCGUUUCUGAGUCGCUUCAGAGAGCUGCGAGGCGUGCAUGCUUUUAAAGCAGAUUGCUCUCUUUAUCUGGAGAGGCAGAAAGGACAAGUGGCAUUUGACGCCGUUCCUACUCCCCGUUCGUGUAAGCAGGGUGGCGGCACGCCAGAGACCAGUGGAACGCGGCGAGGUCGCAACAAGAAGACCAAAUCCAAGCGCGUCAAGCCCAACGAAUCCUCCGAUAGCACUCCUUCUGGCCAUAUGCCGCCACCCAGACCUCAACUGCAGGGCCUCAACCAGACCUCCUGGUCUCUGUCGGACACCUCGCAACCCGCGUACCCCGGCGCCUAUCCGGCCGUGAUGCCCGAUUACCCGCUUCAAGUAUACCCCGGGGCCGUUGUCAUGCCUCCCGGGGUGGAUGCGUCUAUGAAUGGGGAUAGCCAGUGCGGCCUGGAUCCACGCAUUCCCAUGCAGCCCAUUCAGACGCCGUACUCCGCCCCUCUGGUCACGCCCAUGGUGGCCCUGGUGCUGCCCAACUACAUGUUCCCGCAGAUGCCCGGCACUCCACAUCAGCCCUAUUUCCCGAAACAGGGAGGUUUCCCAGGCCAGCCGACGUUUCAGCCACAACCACAGCCAGGGUUUGUCCCGCAGCCGCAGUUUCCACCUCAGUCCGCUUUUACCAUACAGACUCCGUUCACUUCACAGAACCCUUUCACCCCUCAGAAUGCAUUCCAGACCGCAUUCCAGCCGCAACCGUUCCAGCCGUGCCCGGAGGAGCCUCCGAAACUACCUGAACCCGAGCUGAUGGAGGGGGAGUCACGAAGCCCCACCCCUCAGUCGGUGGUUGGUGUGGGCCCGCCCUCCCCACCUCUGUUUCAGUCCCGAUGCAGCUCGCCGCUGCAGCUCAACCUUCUGCAGUUAGAGGAGACUCAAUGCUGUGCUGAGAGACAGGAGAGCUCGGCGCCCCCUGUUGUACAACAGGGGAACAGCAGCAGAAAUGUUGAGAAAGCGUUGAGUGCUACUGGACAGGCCAAAACUACUGACAAGGUUGUGCCACAGGAUGAAGGCUCACCUGUUGACGGACAACACAGUGAUGCUUUCUCGUCGUCUAGUGACCUCCUGGACAUUCUCCCAGAGGACUCGCGGUCCGGCACCGGAUCUGCCACUUCAGGUUCCAUGGGAUCCGGUUCAAACGGCUGCAGAACGUCUGCUAGUGGCGGUUCUGCCAGUGGAACCGGAAGCAGCCACACCAGCAACAACAGCAGUAGCUACUUCGGCAGUGUGGACUCAUCGCAGAAAUCUCAUAAGGCCAAGGGGCAAGCCUUGGGUACGGGAUCAGGGCCGCUGGAGGGCAGCGAGAACCUGAUCAAGUAUGUACUGCCGGACCCACUGUGCCUGCUCAUGGCCAACGUGGAUGAAAAUGUUACGAUGUCAUACCAGCUGCCGUCUCGGGACACUCAGAAGGUUUUGCAGGAGGACAGGGAAAAGUUGCAGAAGAUGCAGAAGAACCAGCCACGCUUUACAGAGGACCAGAAGCGAGAACUGAUUGAGGUGCAUCCCUGGAUGAGACUGGGCAACCUACCCAAAGCCAUUGAUGUCAAGGCAUGUGUCAGCUGUGAAGAGCUCAAUGAAACUCCGACAGAAGAAGAUUCCCCCGAUCUGCACAUGGGGUAAACAGAAGCCAAACAGAAGAGGAAUCAAUACACGCUUGUCCGGGGCCGUCACCUAACAAACCACUUAUUCAGCCCACAUGUACAGGCCUCAUCUGAUUGGACGAUGACAUCGUGCAUUUGCCACAGCCACAGGCCUUGGACUAUGUAUGGUUGGCUGUUGUUUGUGUGUUUAGAGAUGUAUAAAUAUGUGAAUGAAUGAAGCAAUGGGUGGAUUCUAUUUUGAGAUUAAAAAAAUAUUUAUAGGUGGUUUCAAAGGCUAGAUUUUGGUCCAUUCAAUGACCAAGGACUUUAUAUUAGACAAUAUAUUUCCUUUCCAGUGUUUGUUUUAAAACCUUUCUGUUAAUGAAUAGUGAUGACUGGAAUCUUUCCUGUGAAUAAUUUAUUUUCGUCUGUACAGAUCCCUUUUUCUAAAAAAGUGUCUUUUAUGUUUUUUAUAUGAAUAGAUUUGAACAUUUACAGUAUGUUGUGUUGUGCGUCAGCUGUCAGAUAUCCUGUAAAUUCACAAUUCUACGCAGUUUAUAUGAACCAGAAAUAUUAUUUAUAAUUAUUUAUAACUCGGACAGUUCUGAUUCAGAUAAAUAGCAUGAACUAAGGUGACCUAGUCACCGGACUUUUGGUUUAGCAAUUGCAGCUUAUUUUUACAUGAAAUGUAGCAGGCUAUCCGUAAAGUAUUUUAUUGUAAUUGAUGAGUUUGGCAACUGUUUUCCUGUUUAGACAGGCCUGUUUACUUCAAAAGCAGCCUGUUUGAUGGAUUGUAGCACUUCAGUGUUAACUUUGUCCUCUUUGAUAAAAACCCAUGCAGGCGGAGAUUAAAUCUUAAACUACGUAGACCAAGGUUUAAUAACCACACUGGCACGUUUUAGACUGUUCACACAUUUGAAGACCUACCUAACCACAGCGACCACCAUUACUAAAGCGCAAAAGCACCUUGUUGAUGACAAAUAUAAGAGACUUCAUUAACUAGUUGGUUGAUUUGACAUUAGAACUAAUAUUGAGAAACAGAUAUUGUUGUGGAAAGUUUUUUUUAAAUCACAAUGUAUAUGCCACGUUGUAAAUAAAUGUGCGCAUUCAUUCUGUGACUUGAAACAUGGACACUUUGUGUUACUUUAUGCUGUCCUGUUUACUUGUUUAUUAAAGUGAAUCUUAAAUAAAGUAUAUUUUUUAU